UUCAGCCCAAGCGGUAAAAAGUUCCGAAGCAAGCCCCAGCUGGCGCGCUACCUGGGCAGCUCCAUGGACCUGAGCACUUUUGACUUCCGCACGGGCAAAAUGCUGAUGAACAAAAUGAACAAGAACAGACAGAGGAUGCGCUACGACUGUUCCAACCAAGCCAAAGGCAAGCCCGACUUGAACACGGCGCUGCCCGUCAGACAGACGGCCUCCAUAUUCAAACAGCCUGUCACGAAGAUCACAAACCACCCCAGCAAUAAGGUGAAGAGCGAUCCCCAAAAAGCUGUGGACCAGCCCCGGCAGCUCUUCUGGGAGAAGAAAUUAAGUGGACUGAAUGCUUUUGACAUCGCAGAGGAGCUGGUGAAAACAAUGGACCUUCCAAAAGGUUUACAAGGGGUUGGACCGGGCUGCACUGAUGAGACCCUUCUCUCGGCCAUAGCCAGUGCCCUGCACACCAGCACGAUGCCCAUCACGGGGCAGCUGUCGGCAGCUGUCGAGAAAAAUCCCGGAGUUUGGCUGAACACCUCACAGCCCCUGUGCAAAGCGUUUAUGGUGACGGAUGAAGAUAUUAGGAAACAAGAGGAACUGGUGCAGCAGGUGCGAAAGAGACUGGAGGAAGCCCUGAUGGCCGAUAUGCUCGCUCACGUAGAGGAAAUAGCAAGAGAUGGGGAAGCUCCUUCAGAGAAAGAAGGAGGUGAGGAAGAAGGAGAAGAGGAAGAAGAGGAGGAGGAGCAGGACCAUGACCAGGAGAUGGAGAAUGUAUAG